CGUCACCGAUACCGGAACAGGAAGUGUAAAUUUAUUUGUCCAAGUUAGCCUUUUGGUUGCGGCUAAGAGAUGAGCUGCUCGCUGGAGAAGGUGCUGACAGACGCCAGGUCUCUGGUGGAGCGGCUCCGAGAUCACGACAACGCCGCCGAGAUCCUGAUCGAGCAAACCACUGUACUGAACAAACGUGUGGAGGCCAUGAAGCAGUAUCAGGAAGAGAUCGAGGCACUUAACCAGGUGGCGAGGCAUCGUCCCCGAUCUACUCUGGUAAUGGGUAUUCAGCAGGAGAACCGGCAAAUACGGGAACUGCAGCAGGAGAACAAAGAGUUGCGUACAUCUUUAGAAGAGCACCAGUCAGCGCUGGAGCUAAUCAUGAGCAAGUACAGAGAGCAGGUGUUCCGCCUCCUCAUGGCCAGCAAGAGAGACGACCCGGCGAUCGUCACGCAGCUCAAAGAGCAGCACACUAACGAGAUGCAGGCGCACAUAGACAAGAUAAACGAGAUGGCCACAGUGAUGAAGAAGGCCAUCGAAGUAGACGAAGGCCGUGCGUGUGAAGAUGAGGAGCGGAUCAAACAGCUGGAGUUGGAGAACAGAGGCCUGAGGGAGUUAUUGGGGAUUAGUCGAGAGGCCUUCCUGGUGCUGAGGAGAGAAGAGCGAGACGACGCGUCUGACAGCACCUCCCUGUCUCCACUCGUGACCAGCAGCGACCUGAGCUUGAGGAAGAGCUAGACGGAGUGUUUCCUUCUUCCCUGAACAACAGACUUUGCCUAACACUGAUUUCGCACACUGAACCUCCUCCGCAAAGAGACUCCCAGCACGGCCUGUUCGCGUUCCCGCAUAUCUCAGUAAAUCUGUGCAGCUUAUUUAAUAACCACACGGACAUCAGGUAUCAUUACUGCACCUAGAACUGUCGAAUGUGGAGACUGGAGUUAUAAAGUGAAUGUACAUAAUCAUUUCUCCAGCACUGUAAAUAAUGAGCACUUUGUUUAAGCGCUGUAAAUAUAUAUAUCGCAGUUAAUGGCUACAUGAUGUAAUUCAUUUUCAAAUCUCUUGUUUGUUUUUAAGGUUGCCUUGAGAUAUGGUACUUUGAAAUGUUGAGUGCGUGACAGAUUUAUUAAAACGAAUAAAAAUGGCACUGAUACACA